AGAAUUUAUUUUCCUUUCAUUUCCUUCCUGAUGACAACUAGUUUAUUCAGAAAGGUUGCAGAUUGUUGAACGUGGAGUAUCAGCUAUAUGGGAAAUGGUGCCAGUAUAUAUUUCAAACAUUUGAAGUUUUAUUUUUAGGCUGAGUAACACCAGAGACAGUACACUAACAAAAAGGCUUACAACUACAAAAAAAAAAGACACUGCAUCCAUUAGUCAUGGGAUUUGAUGGAAUAAAAGCUGUCAUCUUUGAUCUGGAUAACACUCUCAUAGAUACUACUGGAGCUGGUAAUAAAGCUAUUUUGCAGGUUAAAAGUUUAUUAAGAGCUAAAUUCCAUUGUCCUGAUGACCACAUUAAUGCUAUCUGUGAAAAGUUCCAAGAAAAACUGCUUACAGAAUCCUUCCGCUCCACAGCACUAAAUACAGAUGAUGCAAGAAUUUUGCACUGGGACACAGCCAUUCGAGAAGUCACUGGUGAUGAAACAAAUGGGCCUUUAUCUACAGAAUGUUAUUUUUUGUGGAAAUCAACACGUAUGCAGUACUUUUCAUUCUCAGAUGAUGUUCAAAAUAUGCUAACAGAGCUUCGAAAGUCAUUUAAGUUACUACUUUUAACCAAUGGUGCCCCACAAGUACAAAGAGAAAAGGUAGAAAUUUGCUGCUGUCAGACCUACUUUGAUGCUGUUGUUCUUGCAGGUGAACACACUGAGGAAAAACCAGCACCUUCUAUAUUCCACCACUGUUGCAAUAUCCUGGGAGUUGAACCGCAGGUCUGUGUUAUGGUUGGAGAUUCAUUGGACACUGAUAUCCUGGGAGGUUUAAAUGCUGGGUUGAAAGCCACAAUCUGGAUCAAUAAUAGUGGCAGAGCCCUCACAGAGGGCUCCCCUUUACCUCACUAUACUGUAUCCUCUGUGCUGGAAGUACCUCAGGUGCUGAAAAAUAUUAAAAAAGAAGGCAUCUGUAAGAACUGACCAGAUGUGUGAGACAUAUGAUUGCCAAAUUAGGAGACUGAUUGUUUUUAAAAUUUGAAUUAUUUUUCUGCAUUUUCAGACUAAUUCAGAUUUCUGCUAAUCUGCACUUCAAAAAGUUUUGUAACACAGUAUACAAAUUUUUAAAUGCAACAAUGACUGGAUUUGGAUGAUGGUGCUACAUUAAGAAACUCCAUUCCAUGUUGGUAAAUAUUCUAAGACCAGAUUUGAUCCUAAAAAUGAGUGGGAGGCACAGGAAAAACAUUCCAUCAAAUGUUAAUCAAGCAAGAACAACAGUGCAGUUCAAUUAUCUUUGUAUAUUUUCUGUUUUUUUUUUACUUUGCUGUGAUAGGGCACCCCCAUUAUGGGAUACUUGGUGGGGGCAUGUCUUUAUAGCUCGAAUGGUACUGUUUAAGAUCUGCUGUGCAGUAAAAAUUAGUGUAAAUUUACUUUGUCCAUCUGAGCCCAAUUUUCCAUGUUCAGUGGCUGACUACAGACUUGCCCUACUUUUACCUUAUCUUGGCAGCAUUACUGAAGCUUGUAAGGUGCAUGUACAAAAGAUAAAUCUUGGUGACACAUGUACGGGGUUAUUAGACCUUGGGGAAGUUUGAAGAUUAAUGAUAUUCAGUUCAGUACAAAAUGAGGGACUCACAUUCAUUAUGAAAGUCAGUGCCAACUCCAGUGACCAGGGCUGUGGGCCGAACACUAAAAUCCUGUCUGUUAUAGUGCUUCUGUAGUUCUCUAAUGUAUCAGUGAAGUGUUUAGAAUUAGAUUUUGUCAUUGCUGGAAAUGAACUUGAAAGUGUGGGAAUAGGACAUCUUGGUUCUAUAGAUAAGGAUUCAUCAUAUUUGUCAAAGAUGAAAAUAUCUUUUGAGGCACAUACAGUAGAUUGGGAUGAUUACAAUCUAAACAAAAACUUUAAAAGGGAGAAAGGGUUAAAAUGUAGAAAAAGAACAGAGUAUUAAGUCACUGAGGAAAAGACAUUUAGUGAUUUCUGUUUUUGUCCUAAACAACUUAAUAAGGUGAACAGAUUAAGAAGAGAGACACAAACCAAUUGAAUGGGAAUUUAAAAGCCAAUGGAGGGUGUUUGUAGGAGUUGGCAAUAAAAAGAUAAACUACAUAUGCAAGUGUAUUCUUUGAUAGUAAAAAAGUAGUUCCCCUUUAUGGCACAGAUGUUAGGAUUCCCUCCAAUAUCUAACUUUCAGGCCUCUAACCCAACUCUGCUUUGGGCUACAUGUUAUUGUUUCUUAUACUAUGCCACCAACACUGCACCCCCAUAAGCCCAACAGUUUUUCAGAAUUUUCUUGUGGUUUCUUUUCACAAUUUCCAUUGGUUCCCUGGAUGAUGGGCUUGCUUCUGAUUGGCUACCCUCAAAUUCCCUGACUGAUAACAGUAGGUAACCCCAGUAAGCCCCAUUAAGCCCCUUAGUCACUCUUUUAUGUUGGUAGUUUUUCAUUCAGACCUUUGAUGCCUGUUGGUGCAGCAUUCCCAAGAAUGAACCCCUCAAAUCACAGAUUAUUUGAGCUGCUAUCUACAUCACUUCAUUUUCAUUAAAACCAUUAAGGCUGUAAAUGAAACUGUGCUGUCUGAAUUAAUCUUAUGCUGGGACAAAGGCAGCUACGAGUAUUCUGUCCAGAAGUUGCAAUGAAAAGUCUUUUUUCUUGCUAAUGAAAAACUCGUACAGCUCUGUGAUUUAUUUUCAGUUCAGAUUGGAAUUUAUUACACAAACCUUUUGAAAUUAAAUUUGUUUUUUGUUUUUUUUGAUUUUUCUUCCACAAAGACUGAUUGGAUCACUAUAGCAAGUGAUAGUGAUAGUCCAUCCUCACAACACUUGAAUACACCUUUGGUUUGCCAGAUCUGAAAGGGCUUGGACCUACAGAGGAUCUCCCCAAGGAGGUCUCUUUCCAUAUUUGAAACUGCAUGAAAGAGUCUCUGAAUUCCUUUAGAAAAGAUAUUGAAACUGCAGUGGUGACCCCCACAGUUCCAGAGUUGGAUCAAAGAUCUUGACAAGAAGCCAAAACAGCUCAGUACUUUGCAGUAGAAUGAACUGUACAUAGAAGGAAGCCUAGAUGAAAAGUAUAACCCUUGGGGCUUAUAAAUAUCUUAACUAACCACUUUGCUGAAUAUGGGUGCAAGUUAAUGAAAAAGAUUGUCUGGAUUCCCUUGAAAUGCAGCCAUAUGUGAAAAGCCAGCCUAAGAGUAGAUUUAAAAGUAACUGAACAAAAAUAAUGACUGACUGCUUCAGCAGUAUGUCAAGAAAUACAAGCUUGUCUACCAAUAUGCUGAUAAACAAAUAUGACCUGUAAUUUCAGAGAAGACUGAAACAUACCAGAGGGGACAACAAGGACUAGAUAGCCUCCCAGUCCUUUAGCUAUAAACAUGACUAUUCACCCACCACUGCUAUUGACUUGAUAAUCCCUUUACCAAAUCCCCUAACCUUUUCAUAAAAGGUCAGCAGCCCACCAGCAACAGCUUACUCAGCAGGUAGGAUUUUUAUUAUUGGACCAUGGCUGAAGGCACCUCAAGAGGCGGGCCCAUCAAGAUUGGAUUUCCAAUUCAGCUGCUAAGGAGAUACUCAUACUUUGUCACAAAUCUCCAUGUCCAGAAGUAACAGGAUGAAGUCCAACACAGCAGACCAUCACCCACAUAAAAAAUCAAACUAGAUAAUGAUCACAAAGAGAGCAAUAAACCUGAUCCACCUGUAACUUCCAUCCCCAAAGAUGAGAGAGGAGGAAAGCAGGAUUUGCCAGAAACAAGAGGUGCAUAUGGAGGAACAUGGCCAAGCUGGAAUUUGCAGAAUCCAACUAAUGUACCCCUCCCCUGCCCAGUAAAUCUGUGAUCAUAAACAGCUCUGGCAAGAAGUUUUAGGAGUGGAAUUCAAAGUAUUUGAAAAGGGUUCACAUAUUUUCCACACUAGCAGGGCCAGCAUGCAGUCCACUACCUUUUCAUACAAUAACAUCUGUAAGGGUACUGAACCACCAAAUAUGACAUUAGAACUACUUCAGACCACUCCAUCACCAGAGCAUUACAUCUAUUUACCAUUACAUUUAGUGGGGAAUAUCUCCCCAUGUAAAAUCCAAAUAACCUGUGAUAUUCUAUGGCUAAUACUGGACAAAAAUUUCCCUUGUAAUGAAAAGUUUUUCAGAGGGACCAACAAUGUAGUUAUGAGGUAGCUUCAUUGUCCUGAUGGUGCAGAGAGCAAAUUUAUACUGCAAAGUUCAGAUUAUUCCUGUCAUUCCUCUGCUGUUAUUCUGGAUACUUUGGUGACAUCUUUUUUGUUACAGAAGACUAGCUGUCAGCUGCAGGACAGUUUCAUGCAGCAUAUUAACAGCUCAACAUCUUUUCUGAGAUUCACUGUCAACUCAAGCCCUCAAAGAAUGCAAGAAACUAGGCAGUCUUCAGAUCCUCACAGACCAUUAUCAAAAAAACCAUAAGGAUAGAUGGUCAGCUACUUACAGGUUAUAUGCACCCUUUCCACACCACUAAAAGAAACAUUGUGAAGUCACAGUUGCUUAGGUUAGUGAGAAUUACAACUGAAAUGGAGAAUUUUGAAAAGAAUAUGGUGCAUUUAAAGGAAGAAUUCCUCAAGAGGGCAUACAGUGUUCCAGAGGUUGAUUAUAUUUUCCAACCUAUUCCCGAGCAACGAUGCCAAAAUUUAACAGUAUCUGGACCAACCCUUUUCCCUGCAUAGUUAAUAACCACCUUAAAACUAGGUGCUGACAUAAGGGCACCAAGCCACAGUUGUUUCCCCAGUGCCAUGGCUGUUCUUGCACAGUGUAUUCCCAUCCUUUAUUAAGGAUAUUGUCAAGACUAACCAGAAGAUUAUAGAUGAAAAUGGAGGACUCUUCUGACAGCUUGGUGUAAGGCCCAAUUUCUACAAAAAAGCAAGAAACAUUAAUGUUUAGGAGUCUAUCUUGGAAGAGCAGCUUUCUCAGUCCUACCACCACUCUCCUGUAGAGGGAAUAUUUCCUUGGAAAAAAUGCAGUUGUGGUUUCACCAGUAGGCCACAUUGGUUCACAUCACCAUAGAAUAGAGUAUACCCCCUUGAGAUUCCAAUAUUGUCUGAGACAUCUUGUUUCUAUAUGGUACACUGAAUGUAAGAGUUUCUAUGCAAGCAAGACCAUAGGCAAAUUAUCAAAAUAUAUAAGCACCUUUAUACUCUAUAGAACAAAUGCAGUCAUAAUGCCAUGUAUAGAGAUCAAAUUGGCUCACAUCAUAAGGCCGUGUAUGCGUAGUUGGUUCACGACAUCCCAAAAGCUUCAUAGUUUCAUAGAAGAUUACUAGGCUGAUGGCUUAAGGGCCCUUACAAGCCUAGAAAAUAAAGCCUGAAUUUACCCAAUAUAUGGCCUCUAUGGGCAAGAGGAUGGCAUGGAUUUGUAACUGUGCAAUAUGUUACAGAUUGCCUCUAUCCAUAAAGGACAUAGGCACUACCCUAGGUGUGAAUUUGUGAUUUCCCCAUCCAUUGAUCCAAAUUGCAUUGAAGAGGAUCAGGUAAGGGCUCUGCUUAAUGUGAAUAGGAAGCCUGCUUCAAAGAAGGGGCAAUCUCUGAGACAUAUCUGUCUGUCCAGCAUGUUUUGUUUGAGUUGAUGGCUAAGUUUAGAUCCCUAUAUCAGGUGACCUUCAUGCUCUUUGACUUGCGGAUGUGUAGCGGCUCCAUCAGAGCUGGAUUUGUGACUGCCUUAUAGGUCGGGCAUAGGUCACCCCUUAUAGUCAGUACACCCUGUAUGUAUUUUCUUUGUGAGGAACCUCUGAAAUCGUUCCAGCUGGUGUAAGUACCUAGUCCAGUAUAUGCCAAGUGGAGCAUUGUACAGCAGGACUAUAAUUUCCUUGGAUCUGGAUGCCAUACCUUUACUUAUAAGUUGUGCCACAUAAAAGGACGUCCUUACCACUGUGAACACAUGAUGGUCCAAAGUUCAGGCUACUGUCUGUCUGUGUACCUAGAUCUCUCUCCUCUGAGUCCACUCUUAGGGGUGUGCUACUGAUAUUGUAAUUUGCAGGGGUAUUUGACUUCCCAAAUAGAAUGAUGAUGUUAAUGUUAGGCUUUCGAUCUGGAGAAACAUUUGCAGCCUAGCCACAAAAAUCCCAAAUUGUAUUACCCACAGGUGUGAAUAAUUAAUACCCAGUUACAAAUCACUUCAGUGAGGAUUUAGGAGGCAGACCCAAGAUGCAUUUAAUACAUAAAUUUGAACAAUUUCAAUGAGGGCUUGAGAAACCAGACCUGAGAUAUACUUACAAUUGCCCAGCCAUUUGUCCAGGUUAUGCUUAGAGAGUUGGGAAGUGUCUUUGUUUUACAUCCAAGGGACACUUUUUACAUAAAGGAUGAAUUCUUUUGGAGAGAUCUGCAUCUCGCCUAUAGGUCCUAUUUAUAUUUUAUUAGAAAUUUAAAUCCCUUGAGCAGGUGUUUAGGGUGGUGUUUGUUUAUGGAUGUUUCAAAACCACAUAGGACUGAAUCCUUUGAGGCUCUGUAGGGAGUUUGCAGAAAACAAAAAAAGAGCAGACACACUGAGGUGAUCUCUGUAGCUCAUGGGGAGUCAUGCCCUUGAUUGUCUUGAUGAGGAAACACUGCAGUCUUUUUAGCUGAGUCAUAUGCUUAGAAAAGUGCAUACCAACGAAGGCAUUAUACUCUAUUAUGGGCUUAAUGAAGGAGAAGUAGAGAGGGAUGAUAACUUCCUUGGUAAUCACUCCGGUCAGAUAAAAGUAUUCUUGAAUAAGAGUGGAUACAUGAUGAUCAAAGGAUAGUUCAUUAUCAAUGAAAGUGCCCAAGUCCCUGAUGACUGAAUUAACAUUCAAAGGGGUGUUAUCUGUGUGAUUAGUGAAUAGUUGCCCUUAUUUGCUAAAGGACACAGUACUGCAUAGAAUGGCCUUUAGUUUAAGGCUAUGGUCCACUCACCAUUUAUGUUGCAUGGUAGGCCCUCCUUGAGAAUCUGGAAGUCAAAUGAAAAUUUACGACUGCUCUGAGUUUGCAGUCAUCUGCAAACUUAGCCACAGGCACUUGUUGUCAGUCUUAACAUCACAGAAAUAAAUAAUCUUAGGACUGAUCCUUGGGAGACACUGUAGGUAACUACUCUUUUUGAUGAGUGUGUGCCACCAACACUAAUAGCUUGGGUUCUGUCAGUAAGCCAAGUUGCUAUUUGGCUAGUAACAUAUAGGGGGUUAUGUUUAAUUUGAUUAGCUUAUCGAUAAUGCCAAAAUGUGGACUAGUAUCACAGGCUUUACCAGCUCCAGAUAGGCAGUGUGAGUCAAUUUGCCUGCAUGUAAUGCCUCAAUGACCUGUUCAAAGAAGUCCACCAAGUUCAGGAGGCAAGAUCUGCCUGUAAAAAUCUCAAACUGGCCUGAGUCCAAUGCUUGUAGACUGCCUGUAUUUGUGCUAAUAAGUUCCGUAAUGAUACAUUCCAUUGCUUUACAGAUAAGGCUGGUGAGGUUUAUACAUCUAUAGUUCCCAAGGUCAGUAGUAGAGCACCCCCUUGUGGAGUGGCAUAUCUACAGUGGUUCUUCAUACCUCUGGUCCACCAAAGAGGUUUAGAUUAAAUGACCAGGCUUUUGUCCUUCAUGCAGGUAUAUUUUCCACUAUAACAUAAAUAGGAAAUACUAGUAUGAGCAUUUCUGCAACUUAAAGCCAACACAUGCUCUUCCUCAGCCUGUUUGCUGUUUUGAAGUGAUUCCCACCCCACUUCCCCCCAUUCUUUAAGUUUUAUUUUACCAGUCCUUGCAUCUUUCCCUUUCAGUUGAUGUAUUAAUCCAUUGAGGCUGAAACCCAUACAUUUUAAGUUAUAGUCUUCUUAGAUUGACAUUACCUAGCAAUCGGUUUUAUUUUAUCCCCCUUUUCUAACAGUUUGCAUUCAGAUUUUUUUAGCUUUAGUGCAGUUAAAGUAUUGAUGCGUUGGUCACACCAAAGUCUGAAUAAUACAUAAUGGUUAUGUUUUAGAUCCACCCACCAUUACUACGUUGAGACUGCCCUUUUACAAUUUAUACCUCUGUAUUUCCAUAGUUGGUUAUUGGUUUCUUAUUGCUGUUCCUUGAAAACAAAGUGUGAUUUAGCUUUGUACUUUGACAAGUGCCCUGUUUUUACUGAUUGGCCUUACUAUAUAUGAGAUAAAUUUACUUGUAUACCACUUGGCACUUUAAAUCACUUCCAGUUGCAUAUAGCAUCUGAAGAAGUUUCCAUUCAGGAGAUUCAGGCAAACUUUCAAGGUCUUUCCACUGCAAGAGUUUCACCAGCAUAUUUCCACAAGUUCCAUCAGAGUAUUCUCAUUCAUCUGGCGAAACUUGUUUUUUUCCUGGUGUCCCAUUUCUUUAGAAAUUAGGUUGCCUUUCCUUGCCAUAUGGAAUUAGCUCUGAGAGCUUCUUUUGGUUGAACAGUAAGACUUGCCGUGCUAUGACUGGAUGUUGUCCACCAACAGGUGAUUGGUCUGACUUUCUCAAAUAAAACCACUUUUUUUUACUGUCCUAAUUCUCUGGUUACUGCAACCCCAGGUAUAAAAGUGUUAGUACUUGUACAUCUGCCAGCGGCAGAUCACUGAACCAGUCCACGGUGUUCCUAUUGUAGGUUAAGUAUUCAGAACCCUAUUGGUCAUUACAACUCCUGAACAUGGAUAUUAUUGGUAUUUAGGCAUACCUUUGUUUGACAUUUAGAAGUCCUCUCACUCAUGGUUGUUCAGACCUUUUCCUUCUCCUUCCUCUCCACUAGUUGAUUGACAGGUUUCUUGCCUCUUAUCUUUGCCCAUCCCAUAGAUGUGCCAGGCUUAUGCUUCCAUGUCAUUGGAGCAUAUUUUCUCUAAAGUUGAUUGGUUAGACCAUUUUGUCUGCAUUUUAUCUUAUUAUUCAUUCCACUGGUGCACAAAAUGCUUCCUCCUCACUGGAAUGCUUUUUUGUCAUAUAAAAGUGGAUGGAACAUUAUUAAUUGGCUUAGUUUCUGGUGUCAUUCUAGGGGGUGGAAUAUUUGUUAGCAUGGAAGGAGAUGGUCAACAGACCACGCUACUUUGUUAAGGAUGGCCUGCACUUCUCCCCUUUCGGCUUUCGAAUAUUAGUGAAAACAUUGUCUUCCCCCAUAGUGCGCUUUUUAGGCAAUGCCAAACUAAAAGUACUUAAGACAUAGCAAAUCAAAACCAAGAAAAUCUGGUACUUUUCCGUUAUCGGGGCAACAUUGAAAAUGCGGUCGCUGAGCUACUUAUGUACACAGAAAAGAAAACGAAGAAGGUCAAACAUGUUGGUUCACUUCAUAUAUCCCUUCAUAUAUCUUUGUCACACUCAUACCUAGGGCUCUGACACUUUAUUUCCUCCUCCGUCUUAAUUAUGAAUAAUUUGCAGUCAGUAUGUUAACAUUAACCAGUUGUUGUGUAAGAGGUGACAUAAUUUCCUCAGAGCUCCUUUCUACAGUUGCUCACUGCUGAUGUUGGGUGUACUUGUUCAUAUAUAUUUUUUUAAAGUCCUUAUAGUUUUUCUUGUCUGGAUUUCACGACUGUUAGUGGACGUUGUUUUCAAUCUGUCUGAUUAGUACGAGCGUGUACGCUGGGAUCAGAAUCUCAGUGAGAUAUACCGGCAGAUUUAUAUGUCAGACAAGUGCCUAAUAGUUAAAAUUAACAGUUCAGUGUAGCCCCUUGAAGCAGAAAUCUUUCAAUAAUAUACCUGAAGUGCCUUAAUGAACAGAGCCGUAAACAUAUUUAGGUACCCAUAUAUAUAUUAAUAGCCGUAUUGUAAUCAGAGCUUUGGUGAGACAGUGUACAGUAUCUAAAAUACUUUGCUCCUCCUCCUUUAAAAAAAAAACCUUGAGACUUCCAAAAAGGGAAACGGAACAACCUAACAGUAAAUAUGCUCCCUCACUGUCCACUUGUGAGUGUUCUGUUUGCGGAGGUAACUUCCCCUAUGUAGAUAGCUGGCGCUGAAAAUGUAGUUUGCCGGGGUGGUUACAAAAGCAUUUAAAAGACACAUUUCACUUUUUUUUUUUUUUAGGUGCAUUUCAGUAAAUAAGCAAAGUAAUACAAUUACCAGCUUCACUUUUUUUCCUUUUUUUUUUUUUUGCCAUUGCAUCCCUUACAUACUGUAAUAUACUGUAAAUAGCUGUGUGUAGUGCUGCUGUUAACCAGGGUGUGUAUGCAUAAGAAAUGCUGCCCAAACUAUACCUAAAAUCAGGAGUUGUAAAACAAUCAUACGAAAAAAAAAAAUUUUAUAAAGUCUUUUCAGCUUGAACCCUAUUAUAUAUUAUCUAUUUUGUUUACCCAACAUAUAUUUUAGCAAUAGUAGUAUCGUACAUUCUGUCAUUUAACAGUAAAGUAAUAUUUACUGAAAAUUGCUUUUAAAAAAAACAAGUAAUUCUAAAAUUCAUUUAAACUAUAUUGUCGUACAAUUUUGUAUGGAUAAUCACAAACCAGUUAUAGGUGUCAGUUUUCAUUAUAAUGUAAUAGUUAACACAUGCUUGGAAUGUACAGAUAACAGCUUAGAAUGUUUCUGUCAAAGAUAAUGAACAUCUUGUAAAUCCUGUCAAAAGUAAAGGAGUUAUUUCCCCUUAAGAUGGAUUUCCCUAUCUGGCAGUUGCCCAUGGAUGGCUUGAGGAGUCUCGUAUACCACUCCUUACUGCACUGAGGUUUAUAUUUCUGGUGCCAGGAAUUAACAUCUAUUGAGUUUUGUGAACUUAGUUACAGAUGAAUCACAACACCACCGUGGACUGGAAUAACUAUAUGCAAGACGUGUGUGCUACUUCAUUACUUUCAAAGCCUUCAGUUAAAAUUGGUGGUGUAAACAAAAUUGUGGAGGUUGAUGAAAGUCUUUUCACUAAAAGAAAAUCUAAUGUUGGUCGUGUUUUACAACAGCAAUGGGUUUUUGAAGGAUUAUGUCGUGAGACUAAAUGUUUUCUUGUAGCUGUCCCUGACCGUUCUGCCCAAACCUUACUAAGUGCCAUCCAGAAUGUAGUGGAAGGCAGUACUGUCUUCUGUAAUUGCUGGAAAGCAUAUAAAUCUGAUGAACUGAGGGAUGCAAGAUGCGAACACUUCACUGUAAAUCAUACCUAUAAUUUUGUGGAUCCAGACAGUGGAUGCCAUACACAACAUGUGGAGAGAUUAUGGGGAAGUGCAAAGUGGUGCAAUAAAAGACAUCGCGGUAGUGACAGACAUCACCUUGACUCAUACGUGGCUGAGUUUAUGUGGAGACGUGGUAACCUUAAGAAUUCACUAUUUUCCACAAUGUUGACAGAUAUUUCUAGCUUUAUGUCUCCAGAAUAACUAUUACCAAAUUCCUUUAUUAUAACUUAAUUACAGUUUUACACACACUAUUUUAAAGUUAAUGUUACAAAUUUUUCUUAUUUGUGUUUCCUGUCAUUCAUUAACAAAUAAAAUUACAGUAAGUAUUUUACAUUUUCAUCUGAUUUCAAAAUACGUUACUUAUAUGAAGUCACCGAAAUGAGUGGGGAAGGGAGUGAUAGAGGCUUGGCUCAGAGGUGUGAUGAGCAAUAGUCAAUCAUAUUUUGACUUAACUGUGUUAAGUAAAUUUAAAGUAAUACACAAAAAAAAAAUAACAUGUUAUCUGAUUUUGUUGAAUUCAUUAAGUUUUUUACUUUCUGUUGUAAAUUAUCGGGCCAGCACUUUCAAUACGAUCGUUCCCUUGUAAUCUACUAACUCGUGUAGAAAGUGUUGCCUUGGUACAGAAAAACAUUGUAUAGUCCAGGCAUGUUACCUGAAAGGCUUAUUUUAUUUCUUUUAUAUUUGCUGCUUGACAUUUGCUCCCAUGCUUCGUUGCUGCUGUCUAGUACUAGUAACACUAAACACUUUUCUUACUAAGUGCAAACAAAUACUAUUGACAGCAGACUCAGUAGGUUAAUUGUUGUUUUCUUCUUUCCCUCUUUUAGUAUGUGUGGUCCAGUUCUCGAUAUUAUAAUAAUAAUAAUAAUAAUAAUAAUAAAGUAAUUAAGUAAGUACUGCUUUACGAGCUCUAGCCAUGUUCUUGUCAUUACUCACUUCUGCACAGUAUUGCAUUUGGUAGUGUGCAAGCAGGUACAGGAACUCAGUGCUAGAUAUCUAAUACAAAAAUCCAAGAUAUGAAAAAUUUAUUUAACAUAUACUGCAAGAUUUCACAGAAGACGAAUGUGAAUAGAAGUUACAAUUAAUGAUGAAAGCAAGGGCCUCAUUUCAUGAAUAAUGUUUCAAUAUUAAAACGUAUAACUGAACAAAAGAAGAAUGGUAACGCGUCUAAAUUUGCAGAUGUAAAACAGGUCAAUUCCUGAAUCCUUCUGCUCAUUUUAAUGCCCUAUUUCACAACUGGGCCAUUUUUUUCUUGGAUCUUCACUCUACCUUAUUAUUUCAAGGUCCUUCAGCUAUAGAAUUGUUAUACUGUUCUAUUAUUAUAUUUUUAUUACUGUCUGUAACAUUUACUGAAAAGACAGAAAAAUAUAUUGCCUCUUACAAUACCAAUACAGUGAUUGAUUUUCAUUUUUUUGAAAACGGGGACAUGUAGCCUUCCACCGUAAUAAGCCAUAAUCAAUAUAUUUCAUAAGAAUGUUCUAUUCCUUGCUCACUGAAUAUCAGGCUCCCCUCUCACUCUGCAUUGCAUUAAGCGGAAUGUGACAGAUUACAUUGUGCAAGAAUAAACAGUGGAAUUAAUAAAUA